AUGACAGUCGAAAGCGCGGCCAGCGGCUCCUCCGUUGCGGUCGACGCGCCACCCACCUUCGAGAACGCGCAGUUCGACAUCAUCCUGCGCCGCCAACGACAGCGGCCGAAAGAGGGUGGCAUCAAGGUCAACACGGUGCCGUCGCGCUUUCUGAACCUGUCGGACAACUUUGAGUUCGCCGGGUGGGGCUCGUAUGCGACAAUCAAGCUGGAUGGGAAAGAGCAUAAUGAGGGCGAGAGGAAGGUGCAGGACAUCCAAGGGCAGAAGGUGCUGGGGCAGUUCUUGUCUAGCGCGUUGGCAGGGAAUGCAGUACUGGGUUCCGUCUUUUACGCGUUUCCGAGCGUGACUGCUGUAGCAGGAGCUCUGUCGCCCAUAUCCCUAUUCGUCGCAUCCAUCACCCUCUUCCUAUGGAGACCCAUCAUGGAAGAGCUCGCCGACGCGCUACCCAUUGGUGGAGCGCCCUACUCCUACAUCCUCAACGUCUCAACAAAGGCCGCAGCCCUUGCAGGAGCGGCGCUCCUUCUCCUCGACUACGCUGCGACCUCCAUCGUCUCCGCUGCCACCGCUGUCACGUAUAUCCAGGGCGAAGUGACGCUCCCGUUCCCUGCAUUCGUCGCCACGCUCAUCAUUCUGGGCAUCUUUACCGCCGUCAGCCUAUGCGGUGUGAGGGAGAGCGCGCGGGUGGCCUUUAUUGUACUUUUGUAUCAUGUCCUCACCAUGAUCGUGCUCAUAAUCGUCGCCUGCGAGCAUUGGGGCCAUAUCGGAACAACGCAGUUGCGGGAUAACUGGCAGACUAUUCCUAGUGAGCCCAGUAGUAUCGUCCGCCAGAUCUUCUAUGGGUUCUGCUUGGGGAUGCUGGGCCUGACGGGUUUUGAAUGCACUCCCGCCUACGUCGGCCGCAUCAAACCUGGACGAUUCCCCAAGGUCCUGCGCAACCUUCACCUUCCCGCCAUCGGGCUCGGCACGAUCAUGAUGCUCUUGGUCAUUGCUAUCGUACCCAUGGACAUCACGCUCGGCUCUGCGAACAUUCUCAGCGCGCUCGCGCAGUUAUCUGCCGGGCGCUGGUUACGCAUCUGGGUCGUUGUCGACUCGGUGGUGGUGCUUUCUGGUGGCGUGUUGACAGGCAUCCUCAGCGCCUGCGAGCUCCUCGAGCAGCUCUCACGUGACCGCGUGCUGCCGAGAGCGUUCAAUCACCCUCUGCCGUUGACGGGCGCGCAUUACCUCUCGGUGGGCGCCUUCGUUGUGCUGAGCAUCGUACUGUACGCGAGUACGGGGGCGAGCCUGACGAUUAUAUCGAAGAUGUUCUCCCUCGUCUGGCUAACAGUCAUGACGCUGUUUCCGGUUGCACUAAUCAUGCUCCGUUUCAACCGUGGGCAUCUGCAGCGGACGUCGAAGACCUCGUUCACCGUCAUCGUGGCCUGCAUGGCGGUCGCUGCUGCUGUCUUCGCCGGUAACAUCGCGAUUGACCCGACCACCGCUGGCUACUUCGCCGCCUACUUCAUCGUUGUCACCACCUGCUUCACGAUAACGCAGAAGAAGACGCACCUGGUGCGCUACGUGUACUGGCUGUACGACAACUACCCGUGCCUGCACCGCUGGGCGCCGACGCAGGGCUGGGGGCGCGCGCUGAUUGGGACGAUGAAGCGGAUGAAGAGGCAGCCGGUGUGCAUUUUGGCGAAGACGGAUGAGAUCAACUACCUCUUCCAGAUGAUCCUCUAUGUGCGUCGGAAUGAGGAGACAUCCUGUCUGAAGAUAGUGCACUUUGUCGACGAGGAGGAUGUGGUGCCGUCAGAGCUGGAGGCAAAUGCGAAGAUCCUCGAUGAGGCGUUCCCGGAAAUCACAGUGGACCUUCUCAUCGUCCGCGGGACCUUCGACCCAGCGAGCGUCGCCGCCCUCGCGCAACGUCUCGAUAUUCCCACUUCUCUCAUGUUCAUGAGCUGCCCCGGUAGCAAGUUCCCCUUCACCGUCUCUGACCUGGGCACGCGGAUCAUUUGCCGUUAAUAUCUUGAUUUUUCGGGAGCUUUUUGAUGUUGCGGAUUAUCUUUCUGCUACUAGAGUUACGCCGUUGUCGUGCGGAUCAUCAUUACAUUGUAUUUCUAGCCACCGUCCAUCGCCUAUCUUCGUUCUCGCUUUCUUAGCACGUUUUCACGCUUUCAUGACUCUUACGACUUACAUGCAUUCCUUUCUCGCACGAUCUCGACGAUAUGUUAGACAUACCCUGUACAACCAAUAAACUCUAAUGUUUUGACCCUGUA